AUGGGGAAACCACAGCAACAGCCCGGCGGCGAUGACGAAUUGGAUGCCACUCAAUACUUUGAAAACAGAAAGAAAGCACUCAUGUCUGAGAAGGAAACUGGAAAAAAUAUUUACCCUCAUAAACAUGAAGUAUCCAUGACUAUUCCCGAGUUCAUUGAGAAAUACAAGGAACUGGAAAGCGGGGAGCAUCGCGAUGAGCAAGUUUCUUUAGCCGGCCGGAUAAUGAUCAAACACGAGUCUUCCUCUAAGCUGGUGUUCUAUGACUUACAUGGAUGGGGCGCCAAAGUUCAAGUAAUGACGAAUGCCAGGGAAUCUGAGUUGAAUGAGCAUGAUUUCAUUAAACUUCACUCUUCUGUGAAGCGUGGUGAUGCUAUUGGUGUUAUUGGGUCCCCAGGUAAAACAAAAAGAGGAGAGCUGAGUAUUUUUCCAAAAUCAUUUAUAGUGUUAAGUCAUUGUGUCCAUAUGAUGCCACGGCAGAAGAGAGCCCAAAAUGAAUCCAGGAAAACUGAUGAAUGGGCC